CGAGAGCAGCGUUUUCUCAUCGUGGAAAUGGCGCUUCGACUCCUGGAAACGUGAAGUCACAGGACCGUUUCUCCCUUGGUGACCAGUCGAAGCUCCACGAGGACUAUUCGCUCGGGAUGUGUUUCCUCAAGAUCAUAUUAUGACAGACGAAGAGAACAAUCAGGAGAUUUUUCAAGAAAACACAAGCAACGGUGGCUCUGAAGCUUUGCAGCCUCCAUCUCCCUGGACAGUGAACAAUGCAUGACCUGACUGCCCAAGUCACCAGUAGCUUGCUGCCCUUCUCAGGAGUGACUGUAGAUGCUCUGGGCGAAGAUGAAAUCACUCUGGACUCUGUUCUUCAGGGCAAGUUCACUGUGGGCCGCAGCGGGUUGGCCUGGCUCGCAUGUGGAGCUCAUCUGGAGGUUGUCCACUCGGUGACAGGUGAACGGCUGUCUGCUUACUGCUUUAGUGGUGGAGGAGAGCACCCGCCCAGCGUCCUUGCUGCCAGGGACUUCGGCUGGCUCAAACGGUCUGGAUUGUUGGUCGGCUUGGAAGAAACAGAGGGCAGCGUGCUGUGUCUUUAUGACUUGGGACUGUCCAGGGUGGUGAAAGCUGUGGUCAUACCAGGCAGGAUUACUGCGAUUGAGCCGUUGGUGAGUUAUGGUGGAGCGAGCACGUCGACGCAGCAUCUCCACCAGAGUUUGCGCUGGUUUUUCGGGAUCGCCGCCGUCGUAACAGAUCUUGGCCAUGUUCUGCUCGUGGACCUCUGUCUUGAUGAUCUGUCCUGCAGCCAAAGCGAACUGGAAGCUUCAGACCUGCAGGUAGUGACCAAGUCACCUGCAGAUAUCCCCAGGCUGAGAGAAGUUAGCACCGGACAGGGCAGACAUCUCUGUCUCGAGUUGCAUGGGGCCACUGGAGUCGGAGUCACAGCUCUCCAGUACAUCCCCAGAACCAACCAGCUGGCUGUAGGAUUUUCUGAUGGAUACUUGCAACUAUGGAACUUAAAAUCUCUAAAGAAGGAAUACCACUCCCAAUUAGAAGGUGGCAGGGUGCCUGUGCAUGCCUUCACCUUCCAGGAGCCUGAAAAUGACCCCAGGAACUGCUGCUACCUCUGGGCCGUCCAGUCUCCUUCAGACCUCGAGGGAGAUGGGGUCAGCCUUCGUUUGCUUCAGCUUGCCUUCAGUGAAAGGAAGUGUCUGGCCACUGGGAAGAUCCUCUAUGAGGGUCUUGAGUACUGUGAGGAGCGUUACAGCCAGGAUUUAAGUGGCACAAAUUUCCCUCUCAGGGCCCAGGCCCCAAACACACGCCUGCUAAGUUGCCAGACGAUCGAGAAGUUCAGAGCCCAUCCUGACAGGGAUGACAGUUUGAAUGAAGUUGCAUCCCCAGACACCAGUGUAUCCAUCUUCAGCUGGCAAGUCAAGGCUUACGGUCAGGGAACUCCUUCUACAUACAUUGGGGUGUUUGACAUCAACCGCUGGUACCAUGCACAGAUGCCAGACUCUUUAAGAAGUGGAGAGUCCCUGCAAAAUUGUCCCUACCUGGCUGUUUGGCGUUUGGACCCUGUGGUGCAGAUGGUUUCUCCCCACAUGCUCCUGGAUGUGGUGGUGCACGAGCGCAGCCUGAGCAGAGGCUUGCCAUUCACCUGUCCCCCACCAGAACAGUACUUUAACCCAACCACAUAUAACUUUGAUGCUACGUGCUUGCUCAACUCUGGAAUUGUGCACUUAACCUGUUCUGGGUAUCAAAAAGAGACAUUAAGUAUUUUGAAGAAAGCUGCUCCGUGUUCCAGUGAAAUCAUCUCCACUAGCUAUUCUCACUGCCUUAUGUCUGGCUUACUCUCAUCACGCUUGGCUGACGCCCAAACAGCCAAUCCUUCUCAGGAGGAACAGCUUGAUGCCAUCUUGUCAACAGCAGUUGAAACCAGUUCGUUGGGGCUGAUUACUGGCUGUAUCAAACAGUGGACUGCAGAAGAGCAACCGGGCUCUGCGCUGAACCUGCGCUACAUCCUGGACUGGGCCUGGAACAAAGUGGUCCAGACGAAGGAGGAACUGGAUGGCAUCUGUGCUCCGCUGUUUGACAGCUCAUCCAACUUCACCGACCCUCAGACCAUGCAGCUACUACAGCACAGUGAGAGGCUGCUCGCUAACCUCAGUGCCAUCUUCCACUGUCUGCUCAGUGAAGUUCAGGAGAUCACACAAAAAGGUCUGGAAGGCCUGAUGAACAAGAACAUGGUGUCCAGUCUCAUCUCCAAGUACGCUCAAGUGGUCGUCUGGUUCUGUCGUACCGGACUGCUCCCUGAGGGAUCAGCGGAAGAUGCUCUCCAGAUUUCCAGACCUUUCUAUACUCACUCAGUCAUCAGCAACUACUACACUAUACGCAGAGAAGAGCUGACCAGACUGGCCAAGAACAAGUGGUGUGCAGACUCCCUCAUGAUCGAUGGCUUGGUCGGCCAGUGUGGUGAACGCCUGGUCAGCCUGUGGAAAAGGGAUGAAGGUGGAACAGGGCUGUACCCACCAUCCACCCUACACGCAUUGCUGGACAUCUAUCUACUGGACAACAUUGAUGCAACUGCCAAACAUGCAAUUGUGAUUUACCUCUUGUUGGAUGUCAUGUACUCCUUUCCCAAUAAGGAUGGAGCAUCGGUGGAGUCAUUCCCCACUGCGUUUUCCAUCCCUAUUGGGCUGGUUAAAUUAGUUCAAGGCCUCUGGCUUCUGGACCAUCAUGACCAUCAGAGUUCAUUCGAGCUGCUCUUGCAUCCAGCUGCUUCUCAGUUUUAUUUUGAAUGGCAGCAUGAGCGCGUCCUGCAAGCCCUGAUGUGCCAGGGCCAACAGUCGGUGGCACUACGAUACUACAAUGUUACGAAGCCGCCAAUUUCCUCCGCCUCCCAGGCCAAGCUCUGCCUGUCUGUACUGCUACACAAUAGGUGUCUUAUUGAGGCGUGGUGCUUGAUUCGGCAGCACUCUAAUCGCCAGAACAUUACUGAACUCCUGGGGUGUCUGUAUGAGAGCUGCCAGGAGCUGGGCCUCAUGAAAGAGCUGCUCAAACUCCCCCUGGGCCAAAACGAACAGGAAUAUUUAGAGAAGUUCCUCCAAGGCACAGGGGGUCUGCAGAACAGGGAACUACUGAUGAUUCAUUACCUUCAGCAGGCCAACUACAUUCCUGCUCUGCAGCUCAACCACAGGCUGAAAAUGAACUUGGUGAAUGAGCGAGAUCCGAAGCUCAAAGAACGAUCCAACACCAGAAACUCUAUAUUGGAACAAUACGGCAAAGUUUUGCCUAGAGUGCAGAGGAAACUGGCAGUGGAGAGAGCCAAGCCCUACCAGCAUCCUUGCACUGUCCACAGAGAAGUUUCCCGGCCACAGCCGCUGUCGACAAUCACCAAGCGCUCUGCCAAUGACAGGGUGAUGUCCAGGGCUGGAUUCAUUAACAAUGUCUUGACCAAGAUUGAAGAGGUGUGGCUCGGCAAAGGAAAUACACCACAAUCCUCCCCAGCCAGGAGCUAUACAACGGCUAACGUUCAGAGCCUCAGCCCUAACCCAUCUACCUCGGCGUUGCCUGAACCCUUUCUAGGAACUCCCAUCACCAUGAACCCCAAACGAAAGUCAAGGUUGCUGGAUUUGGUGGUUCAUCCCGCCUGUCGGACCCCUCAGCCUCUUCUCAGCCCACCCAGACCUCCCACCUCCUGGAUUUCUCCCAAGAGGAUUAGCAAAGCACCUGAACUCAGCUUGUUACAAACACCACAGGUUGUCAAACGAGCUCGAGCCUUGGCUGCCUCGGGCUCUGUGUUUUCAGCUUUCACCCCCCAGUCCAUCCUGCGCAGCAGCCUGAGGCCCACGCCCGUCGCCACCCCUUCUGCCUCCCCAGGACGCUCCGUCACGCCUCCUCUCCGCAGCAAAGAGAACCGAAUCACUUUCAUUGAAGAAACCGAGGCCCCUGCAACGGAGAAGGGUGUCCAAUGGACUAACGGGAUGGCGGCAGACAGUGAGAUUAGCCUGCUAACCAGGGGCUCAGCGUUACCCAAGGUGACACGCAAGAUCUGGUCUUCAAAGUCAGCGGAGGAGGGAGAUGAUGAUGAUGAUGAAGCGGGCGAAGUCCCUGCAGAAACGAAGCCAUCAGACACAACACCGGCACGUCUCAGUUUGAGUCUGGACACUAGCGGAGUAUCUGUCCGGUCAACGGACACCACUCAAGAGUAUUAUGAUGCACCUGCCUUGGAAUAUGUCGACGGGGAGGAUGAAGAUGACGGUGUGGUGACGCUGAACAUCAAACAUCUGACUGAAAAAGAUGAACCCGAAGAAAAGCCUGACGAAAACCCUGAAGAAACUACCAAACAAACCCUUCACCCGACAUCAGAAGAUGCAGAGAAGCAAGAAGAGGUUGUGGAGGAAGAUGAGUUCUUUGAGGACCUGACGGAGAGCGUUCUCGAGCAGGAGGCAACAAAUGAGGCAGAAGAAGCCGAGUCUGAAAGAAAGGACGAACCAGAUAUCGAAUCAAGUAGACAACAAGAAGCGAUAGCAUCUCCUGGUCAAGAGGAGUCAUUUACUCACAAUGAAGCUGGUAACCAGGUACCGGAGAGCUCAGACUCGGAGGUCACAUCUCAGGACCCUCCCGUGGAAGGUGAAGCACUGGAUGUCCAGUUGGAGCCCACUGUGUCCCUGGAGGCCGGCGUCAAUCCUCCCAAACCACCUGCAGGAACUGAAAACACAGACCAACCUGCAGUGGAUCUGGAGCAGUUGACAGAUUUGACAGAUUUUGUUCAGCAGCACCUGUUCGGUGGCGAUCUUUCUCCUCCGCUGACUCGCUCUUCUAUCCGCAUCACAUCUCAGACAAAGACUUUGUUGAACAGUGAGUCAGUAGAUGAGGAUGAAGAGGAGGACCAGGCUGCUUCUGAAGCUUCCCCCGUGUUAACGCGCCAAAAAUCUGUCUCUGUGACGUCUUCAGAGCCGACGGGCAACGACUCCCACUCUGUUGUAAGCGUGAAUGAUAGUGAAGAACUUUCAAGCUCUACAUCUGGGGAGGAGGAUGAGGACGAGGAGGAGGAGGAGGAAGAGGACGAGGAGGAGUCUGACCAAGCGGAGGAGGAGGAGGAGGACGGGUCUGCGGAGGAAGAGGAGGAGAAGGAAGAGGAGGAAGACUCUGGCAGUGAGGUGGAGAUCAUUGAGGAGGUCCAGGGUAAUGGAAGGCUGCCACCCCUCCAGCCCAGUUCAGUGUUUGUACAGCAGGCAAACGCACACUUCCUGCCAGUUCUGUCGGAGGAAGACGCUGCCGAGUUUUCUCUGAUUGCACCCGGUGCAGAGCUGAAGAUGGUAGAAGAAGACAUGGAGGGCGAGGUGGUGAUGGUGAGGCUGGGAGCAGAUGACGAGGAGAUGGACCUAAAUGAGAACAUGGAACAAGGCUCAUCCUACGUUGAGCUCAAACCCUCGGCCACCCUCCUGGUACCUUUGGAGCUCGUGCAGGAACAACCCAGCCUGGCCGACUGUGCUCAGCUGGAGCUCCAGAACACCAUCGUCACAGAUGACCUGCAGUCUGAAACUCAGAGCAGCUUCUCUCUGAUGCUGGAUGUGGACGAGGAAGGGGCUAAAGAGAAUGAUCUGCCCUCAUCUGACCCUCCUGCUCAGCCCGACAUAGUGGAUAUUAGUGAUGAAUUUUUGGCCAAACCUGAUGUCAUUACUUUGAACGCAGAUGAACAUGAUACCACUUUAUCCAGAGAAGCCUCGCAAGAAGUUAAAAGGAUAGAAAUUGAGGCCCUGGAUGUAAAUGAUGUUGAUGGGCUGUGUAGCGAAGAGCCCGUAACUUCUCAAACUGAUAUACAGAUUGAAUAUACUGCAGCAAAGCAGGAAACGGAAGAUGAAAUAGGAGAGGAGAAAGAUGAACACUUUGUCAUUUUGCCUGAAGUUCAUGAAGCUGCUUGUAAUUCAAUCUCUGGGCCAACUCCAGCAGAAACUCCUGAAGAACUUCCAGCAGAAACUCCUGAAGAACUUCCGGCAGAAACUCCUGAACUUCCAGCAGAAACUCCCGAAGAACUUUCGGCAGAAACUCCUGAAGAACUUCCAGCAGAAACUCCCGAAGAUCUUCUGGCAGAAACUCCUGAAGAACUUCUGGCAGAAACUCCUGAAGAACCUCUGGCAGAAACUCCUGAAGAACCUCUGGCAGAAACUCCUGAAGAACUUCUGGCAGAAACUCCUGAAGAACCUCUGGCAGAAACUCCUGAAGAACGUCCGGCAGAAACUCCCGAAGAACUUCUGGCAGAAACUCCUGAAGAACCUCCGGCAGAAACUCCUGAAGAACUUCCGGCAGAAACUCCCGAAGAGCUUCCGGCAGAAACUCCUGAAGAACCUCUGACAGGUGUGAAUGACAUAAACUCUGUAGUGAUAACAGAAACUGUUGAGGAAGUUAAAGAGGAGGAAAAACCAGCACCCGCUGUUGAGCAGAAGCCUGAGGAGAACGGUCCGGUUAAUACAGACGCAGAGAUGGUUGGUAGUGACGAUGUGGAGGCCGAGGAGCAGCAGGACCUCAAAGCAUCAACAGAAGCAGAAAUCAUUUUGGAGAAUGAAGACAAAGAGAAAGCUCAGCGAAAAUCUGAACAUAAACAUGUUGAAGAAGAGACUGCUGUGGAAAUGGUUUUCAGCUCAGAAAGCCUGCAAGACAAAGCGCACAUACCAAAGAGCCCCAUCUCCCAGAAGAAACGAGUUCCUUCCACGCCAACACGGUUGAUGACCAGGAGGAGGGCGGUCACGUUUACCUCCUCCCUGUCAGAGGCAACAGAUGAAGCAGAGGAGGACGGAAGUGCAGCAGAUACUAAAACAAGCCGCCUGGCUCCUCCCUCACCAAGUCGUACUCCUAGGAAAGGUAAAGCGGUCAAAGACGACAAAGUCCAAACGGGCACACCUCGAAGAAGUUCUCGCAAAACCCAACCAGUUCGAUAUGAAGAUGAAGAUGAAGAGGUGGAGGCCAUGGAUAAUAAUGUAUCUGCCGUGACCUCCAAAGCCUCUUCUCCAGCUAGACGUUCAAAGAGAGUUACCAGAAUUACCCAGAAGGAUGAAGGCACCAGCGAGGAGAUGUCUAUAGCCACAGAGGCUGAAGACCAAGAGGACAAGGCUCCAGACGCAAACGCUAGUCAACGAAGAAGCUCACGGCUUCAAACCCCUUCGAAACUCAGGACCUCUCAGGUUAGCACUCCGAGGAGAUCCAGCCGAAGGACGUCGAGCAGCAGCGAGGUGGAGGAAACGGCACUGGAGACGCUGGACGACGAGAAGGAACCCCCUAUAAAACGCAGCUCCAGGAGGAUGACUAAGCCUUCAGAGACGUUACCAGCCCUGUUUGAGGAGGAAGAUGACACGGAAGAGCAGGUUCCCAGUCCUGCAAGGACAACUCGCCAGUCCAACCGGAAUUCCCUAAAUAUCUAUCCACAAAGCGAUAAGACGAGAGGAAAGAUCACUUCUGAAAGCACGAAAGACAGUGAAAAUCAGCUCAACUCUGAACGCAACAGAAGCUUUAGUCUAAAUAAGUCCCGUCGCCCAACCAGAAGCCAACUCUGGGACCACCCGGAGGAGGAUCUCCCGCUGCUGGACUCUCCGUUGGAGGUGGACUCAGAAACUCCCGUCGCAGACGCCCUAAUCAAGAGACUCCAGGAUGAGGAAGAGAAACAAGAAGGUGGUGUCACCUCAAUAAAGACCCUAAGAAGCCGUAAGAGGAGCACAAAGGGGUCAGUGGAGCAAGUUCUGGCUCCACUUGUUGAGAGUGACACCAUGGUACCUAAAGAGGACGAAUCCACUCCAGCCUCGCCAUCACGACAACGGCGAACCAGAGCGCACAAAACGGAGGAGCUUCCUGAGCGCGCAGAUUCCCCGGGGCCGAGUGAAGAGCAUGUGGCGGCCGUCACACGCAGCAGGAGAGUCAGAGAUGGAGCUCCUCGGGAUAAAGUUUCUUCAGAAGAGGAUCACGUGGAAGCGGAGAGCGCCGCAGGUGCAUCUAAAACUAGAAAAACGAGCAAACGAACAACCAGACCCAAAGCCGCCGCAGAGCCGCUUCCCAUCGCAGAGGUGGAUCCGAUCUCGCCGAUGCCCAGUCCAGCUGAUCCGCUCCCGCCAGCGCCGAGGAGGAUUUUAGACCGAGACGCCCCGACCACCGGCAGGAACCUUCGACGUAAACGCGUAAUGGACACAGUUUUCUCAAAACCUGUCACCCGGAGGAAGAGACUCUGAGGGCUUGGGCCAGCAAACAUCAGGCAUCAAGACUUGAAUCAAAUCCAGAAGGAUUGGUCAAAUAAAACAUUAAACCUGAACUCAAGAUGCUCCUGCUUUCUCAAAUGCCUCACAGUGAUGCUGUUUGUUUAUUGUAAUUCACUAUUAGAAUUAAUAUUAAAAUUGACAUCUUGGCAGGAAAAUAUAUUUUUGGGACAAAACAUACAAAGCGAUUAAUAGUGUGAUAAAAGAGGACUUUAUUUUUGGAGUCUACAUUUCGCCCAAAUUGCUUUUCCUUUGAUAUCUGUGGACAUUUUGGACCGCUCUUGAUCUUCUGGACGCUUAAUGGCGCAAAGAAAAGCAAUCAAUGUGGUGGUCUUGUUGGCUCCUUUUAAUAAAAUCAGAGACGACUGAACCUAUUCACUUUUUUUUUUUUAAUUUGCUCUCCAUUUUAAGAUUUUGUGUUUUACUUUUUAAAAAUUAAAACCUGCUGUUUUUUCUAUUUAAAAAGGAAAAGUAACCAACCAGUGGAGGCGUAUUUCUAUUGUGAGAUUUGUAUAUAGUACUUUGCUAUGUUCCAAAUAAAGUUAAUAAAUAAAUCCUAAAGAAUUAUGUUGAUUUUGGAUUUUGAGUCUCAAGACCAAACGUGUUUAACAUAGUCGAACCGCUUAUCUGAUAGUCUUAAAAUUGAACUUGAUUUUGUGUAGAAGUUGGAUCUGUUGUGAACGGAUGUAGAUGAUUGUUCACUGUUGGGACGUCCACUAUUGAAGAAAAACCUGCACAGCUGUUCCUAGAUGUUGAACCUUAUUCGUCACAUGUGAAUAGGCUUCAUGAACUGAAUUUGUGGCAUCUGUCAGCUAACAGACUAUUUUCUGAUGAAUGUAUGUAGAGUGUCUUAUUUUUGAUGACUGGUUCUUUGAUAAAUGCAGCAAAACUUGUAAA